AGAACGCAGCAACUCCGCCGGCGUUUCCAUGGUAGCAAGUGGCCGGUUCCUUGCGGGGCUGAGCAACAAAGUAGUAUCAGUGUUCGGUGGCUCCACUGGAACUACGCAGAGCCAGACCAGCGGGACCACAGAAUGGGCUGAGGCGGCGGCGGCUGUUUGGAUAAAGUCAACAGCGGGACGUGGGGCGUGACGCCGUAGUAAAAGCCCAGCUUGAAAAUGGAGAUGUAUGAAACCCUUGGAAAAGUGGGAGAGGGAAGUUACGGAACAGUCAUGAAAUGUAAACAUAAGAAUACUGGGCAGAUAGUGGCCAUUAAGAUAUUUUAUGAGAAACCAGAACAAUCUGUCAACAAAAUUGCGAUGAGAGAAAUAAAGUUUCUAAAGCAAUUUCAUCACGAAAACCUGGUCAAUCUGAUUGAAGUUUUUAGACAGAAAAAGAAAAUUCAUUUGGUAUUUGAAUUUAUUGACCACACAGUAUUAGAUGAGUUACAACAUUAUUGUCAUGGACUAGAGAGUAAGCGACUUAGAAAAUACCUCUUCCAGAUCCUUCGAGCAAUUGACUAUCUUCACAGUAAUAAUAUCAUUCAUCGAGAUAUAAAACCUGAGAAUAUUUUAGUAUCCCAGUCAGGAAUUACUAAGCUCUGUGAUUUUGGUUUUGCACGAACACUAGCAGCUCCUGGGGACAUUUAUACGGACUAUGUGGCCACACGCUGGUAUAGAGCUCCCGAAUUAGUAUUAAAAGAUACUUCUUAUGGAAAACCUGUGGAUAUCUGGGCUUUGGGCUGUAUGAUCAUUGAGAUGGCCACUGGAAAUCCCUAUCUUCCUAGUAGUUCUGAUUUGGAUUUACUCCAUAAAAUUGUUUUGAAAGUGGGCAAUUUGUCACCUCACUUGCAGAAUAUCUUUUCCAAGAGCCCCAUUUUUGCUGGGGUAGUUCUUCCUCAAGUUCAACACCCCAAAAAUGCAAGAAAAAAAUAUCCAAAGCUUAAUGGAUUGUUGGCAGAUAUAGUUCAUGCUUGUUUACAAAUUGAUCCUGCUGACAGGAUAUCAUCUAGUGAUCUUUUGCAUCAUGAGUAUUUUACUAGAGAUGGAUUUAUUGAAAAAUUCAUGCCAGAACUGAAAGCUAAAUUACUGCAGGAAGCAAAAGUCAAUUCAUUAAUAAAGCCAAAAGAGAGUUCUAAAGAAAAUGAACUCAGGAAAGAUGAAAGAAAAACAGUUUAUACCAAUACACUGCUAAGUAGUUCAGUUUUGGGAAAGGAAAUAGAAAAAGAGAAAAAGCCCAAGGAGAUCAAAGUCAGAGUUAUUAAAGUCAAAGGAAGAAGAGGAGAUAUCUCAGAACCAAAAAAGAAAGAGUAUGAAGGUGGACUUGGUCAACAGGAUGCAAAUGAAAAUGUUCAUCCUAUGUCUCCAGAUACAAAACUUGUAACCAUUGAACCACCAAACCCUAUCAAUCCCAGCACUAACUGUAAUGGCUUGAAAGAAAAUCCACAUUGCGGAGGUUCUGUGACAAUGCCACCCAUCAAUCUAACUAACAGUAAUUUGAUGGCUGCAAAUCUCAGUUCAAAUCUCUUUCACCCCAGUGUGAGGUUAACUGAAAGAGCGAAAAAGAGACGCACUUCUUCACAAUCUAUUGGACAAGUUAUGCCUAAUAGCAGGCAAGAGGAUCCAGGUCCUAUUCAAAGCCAAAUGGAGAAGGGUAUAUUUAAUGAGCGAACAGGUCACAGUGACCAAAUGGCAAAUGAGAACAAAAGGAAGCUGAAUUUUUCCAGAUCUGACAGGAAAGAAUUCCAUUUUCCAGAAUUGCCUGUCACAAUACAGUCAAAAGAUACAAAAGGAAUGGAAGUUAAACAGAUAAAAAUGCUGAAGAGGGAGUCAAAGAAAACAGAGUCAUCUAAGAUACCAACUUUACUUAACGUGGAUCAAAAUCAAGAAAAACAAGAGUUUAUUCCCUUAUCUCUGCUGUCUGCCUGCUGUCCUAUUUUCACAAACAUUUGCUCUCAGCUAACUAUCAGAAUACAGGAAAUGCACAAACUGAAAGGAAGAAGAACUUGCCAGAUGUAGAGUAGAAAAUGCAGCAGCUGAAAAUUCAGGGAAUCCCAGAAUCACUGGUGGAGAUGGCCAUUGUGAGGGGAAGAAUUUGAAGAGAAACAGGUUUUUUUUCUGGUAGUGUCUUUUCUUUUAAAUAGUCCAAAAAAUACAAGAUGACAACUCUUCCCGUUUUAUUUAUCUACAAUAGAAAUGUGAUGUGAGUUGUUGUUAAGACAGCCAUCCAUGUGCAUGAGCAUCAUCCAGCUUUUUUUGUUAGCAAAACAUUUACUGUUUUCUUUUCCCUUUUAAGACUCUGUUGAUGUGAUAAUUUGAUUUGGAAUUAUAAAGUCAUCUCUUCUCUGCCU